ACUCUUCUCGAGGAACUAUACUGUAUACAUCAUACAUAUUUAUGCACAUACGAUCUUUUCUAGCAAUAUACAUAUAUAUGCCAUACAUGUAGCUCUGUUUGGAGAAUAUAAACUUAUUGGAGAUUUACAAAAGAUACAAAACGACAAUUCGAUGUUCACGGCUGUAUUUGAGCGAAUUUAGCAUAAUCUGCAUCGAUUGGGAAUACUUUCCGCUUUACAAGAGCUCACUAUGGCUGCCGUGGCUCCGACCGAUUUGGUCUCCAACUUCAAAGCUAGUUUUCGGAGUAGAACCGAGUCCACUUCGUCACAUGCCUCUCAGUCGUCAAAUGCGUCGGAGGUAAAUAGACCAACAGCACGUCGGAUGGGUGGUGUGACAACGGCCAUCCAGAGGUUCGAGCAAGAUCUAGAGGUCUCCGCCGAUGCUGGAAAAUAUGACGGUACAUCACGAGUUUCCAAAAAGUUCGUAUUAGGAAUCUUCAGUGGCGAUGAGGAAGGAAUACAACAUAUGAUGAAGAAAGAUGGGACCAUAGUUCUAACAACCGAGCUCAUGACUCAAUUGCCUAUGCUGCACCUAGCCAUCAGCAAGAGUGAUCCAAUCAUGAUCAAGGAGUUACUCGGUUGUGGGUACUACUUAGAGAUGAAAUCACUUCGUAGCGGAGACACGCCCCUCCACCACGCCGCACGGUUGGGGAAGCAGAGUAUUGUGUCGUUGCUGCUGGAGGCUGGUGCCUGUAGCAGUGCACAGAACUACGAUGGACUAACAUAUGAGGAUUUGCUGGAGGUGGACGAUUGGGAGUCGCACUAUCAGGUUCGAGACGACAUUGUGAAGACAACACCACUGGACCGCCGUCAAAGCUCCGAUUUUCUUUCAACGAAAUCCAUAGGAGAAAAAAAGAAUGUUCAAGGCAGGCCCGGGAUUGGUGGGAAGAAAGGAUUCUUCAAAAGAGCGUUCUUCGCAAAUAAAAAGAGCGGUGGUGCUUAGUAAGCUACCCUGCAGUGCACAUAAGUCACUGUCGGCAGCGUGCUUCUCAGCCUUGCGGAUUAGCUUCAAUGAUGUCGAGGUGUAUGGGGACCAGCAUACAUGGGGUUUAUACAAAUUGGAGGCACGUUCCUAAACCAGUAAGGCGAACCUAUGCCGAGUUUAUUACAUACACUAUGUAUCAAAGGACUGAUGGGUAGGUCCUUCUGUGGCUUGUCGUAGUAGUCAAUGAGCGUUACGUUUAUAGAUUAAAUCCGAACACGGACCAAAUAUACGAUAGCUGAUUUCGUUGAUAGCCAGAACAAAAUGUACCGAUGCAAGUAUAUACAUUGUACAAGCGAAGUCAUCCCAUCCAUAUCGCUGUGUGGGAGGGCAAAACGACACUGCUGUAUUUCAGAGGUGAUGAUCCAAAAGUAAACCACUGUGAAGAUCUGCAGGCAAGGUGGGAUGUUAGGUGUUAAACUCGGUUUAUUCUACUUAAUUUGGCAGUUCACUUACUGUGUGAAGUGAGCAAGCCAACGCUCGUGUCUCGCCCGUUAUGAGGCGCAGACACCAAACGUGCGCCAAGGCAUCCGGUUAGACUAGCAGAUAUGGGCGCCAGAAACCGACCAUCAGUACGGUUCAGGAUGGGGUUUAGGGUUUUAUGGUUUAGGAUUUUAGGGUUGAGGGCUUGGCGUAGGGCUGGGUGCUGGGCCAUCCCUAAACACCCAAACGCACCAUUACGCCACUCUACCUAUUCGCCUGGGGUGUCGAUCACUCGGGUGAAGCCGUUGUGACCAGUUGAGUGGUCACCCACUGACAGCACACAGGCGAUCUCAGUCGCCCAGCAAUCUGGCUACCUCUUCCUUAAGUGCCUGUAUGUCGCUGGCCGCCUUGCUCGCUUCUUGAAAUGCGGAAUGCACAGCGCGGAGGGCGUGCAAGUCCCUGCGCAGCCGCAUAAAGAAUACCGGGAGUGAUAAGCGUUUAUGCACAAAAACGCAGCGUUUAAAAUGUAGAACACUGAGAGGUACAAGUGAACGUCUGUGUGCGGUGAACAAGUGUCUGCACGAUAAUAAAACUGUCAUGUAGUAAAACAGUAUCGAGAGCCAAGAACCAAAACCUCAUCUGCGAAAUGCAUGGCUUCACGAAGUCGGAAUAUAACUAGC